AUGUUGACCUUUCUACGCGACCACAACUAUAAGCUCAGCGAGCAUGUCACAUCGAACCUGGCUCUGGCCAUCGUGACUAUGAUGUCAAGCAUCUUCGCCUACGGCUUUGAGACGUCAGUUCUCUCCACCAUCCAAGCCAUGGAUGCAUACGAAGAGCAGUUCGGCGAGUGGAACCCCAAGAAGCAAGUCUGGGAGUUCACCCCCAGUCGGCUUGCCUAUCUCAACUCGUUUCCACUCAUCACGUACGCCCUGGGUGUUUUCUUGGCAUCCUUUGUAGGCGAGAGAUACGGCCGUAAGACGGUCUUCAUCUCCAUGAACUCUAUCUGCCUGGUCGGCGUCAUUGUCGCGUAUACAGGUCGCAACUACACUGAAGCUCUUGUCGGUCGCUUGGUUAUCAACAUACAUGUUGGCAUGGAGGCCUGGCUCGUGCCCAUGUGGACUGCCGAAAUCGUUCCCAGCGCCAUUCGUGGUUCCAUGGUUGGCAUGUACGCUUUCAGUCACGUCCUCGCCGCCUUCAUCGCCUCUGUCAUCACCGACAGAACUAGCAAGAUCGAGGGCCAGGACAGCUGGUUGAUCCCAGUCGCUUGCAUGUUCAUCUUUCCUUCGACCGCACUUGUCUUCUCCUGGCUCAUUCCCGAGUCCCCACGCUGGCUCAUCCGGAAGGGCAAGUUUGAUAAAGCCGUCGACAACAUCUACUACAUCCGGAGUGCUACCAAGGACUAUGCCGCAGAGGAAGAAGCGCGUUUGGUCCAGGAAGCUCUGAACGACACGCCCACAAAGGGCAAAUGGAGAGAACUCUUUCAGGGUACCAAUAACCGCCGCACGUGGACUGGUAUUCUGGCUUCUGUCGCUACACAAAUCACUGGCCAGGCAUUUGCCUCGAACUACGGCACCAUCUUUCUCAAGAUGCUCAACGUCAUGGACCCUUUCACCGGUACCAUGAUCAAGCGUGCCGGUCUUCUUUUGGGAACCAUUUUCGUUAUCACGAUGGUCGAUCGCAUUGGCCGACGCAACACGUCGAUCAUCUUCGGUAGUCUGACUGCCUCGUGCCUCCUCAUCAUGGGCGCUUUGGGCACCGUCACUCCGUCCAAUGUCGGCCUGCAGAAGGGUGUCCUGGCUAUGUCAAUCAUCUUCCCAUGCACCUAUAUGAUCGGCUUUGGUUCAACCAUGCAAGUCGUCAAGUCAGAGAUCCCGCACACCACGUUGCGUGACAAGUCCGGGCUCGUAUUCUGGACACUCGCCAACCUCUCCAACUUCCUCGUCACCUUCACCCUGCCGUACCUGCUUUCGGCGCCGUACGCCAACCUCGGCGCCCGCGUGGGGCUCAUCUACGGCAGCAUCUCGGUGGCCACGGUCGUGCUCAUCUUCCUCUUCGUUCCGGAGAUGAAGAACCGCUCGCUCGAAGAGGUCAACGAGAUGUUUGAGGCUAAAGUUCCGGCCUGGAGAGCCAAAGAUUUUGUCGCCACCGGCACGAACGCCGCGGCAAUUCGAAGACUCGAGAAUCACGAGCGGGGGUCUGUUGAUGACAAGUUAGGUGGAUCAGCUGUCGUUGUGCACUCAGAGGAAGCUAGGAAGUAGGAAAGCUGUCCUUGACACCCUUGUACAUUCUCCGAGGCUUGAGAACCGACCUGCAAGCGCCACGGUUACGCACGUGCAGGAACAAGUAAUAUACAAAUGUAUACGGUACUGUAGGACCGAUAAAGCUUUCCCACAUAUAAUGCAGAGGUCUCUCGGCAAAACGAAA